AUUUAAGAUAUUUUUGCAAACUAUAAAUUAUUUGUUACAAAAUGAUUAUUAGUAUUUUUAAAAUUUGUUUAAUUUUUUGUGUAAUUAAAAUAUGUGUUUCUCUUGAAAAAGGAUGUACUAUGAGUGAUUUGGACAAAAUUAUGGAGAAAAUAGCGACUUUUCAACUUGAAUUUCCAGAAAAUGAUAAUAAAAUUAACAGCCAUUGCCGCAAAUAUCCAUCCGAUAUCCGCAAUACGCGGUCAUUCAUCAAGAAUUGCACAAAAGAUGCGUCAAAAACAUUGAUGUCUGUAUCGGUUCACUCAAUAGAAAAAAUAUAUAAAAGUAUGUGCCGUACGACUAGUGAUAAAUCAAAGUUUGUUAGACUCAGUAAAUGUACGAAUAAAGACAAAAAGGCUAAUAAAAAGUGUUGGUAUCAUAUGAUUGACAGUUUGACCCUAAUUGCCAAUAAAGCUGAAAGUAAACUGAAAAUACCUCUAAUGUGUUGUACAAUGAUUAGUUGGAAAGCCUGUGGGAUAACUGUAUUGGAAAAGAAUGGUUCACAACAUUGCAGUAACAAAGACGUCGAAACAAUGGAUGCUUUCUAUGACAAAGCAAUGAUUGAUCCGAUGAACAUCUUUUGCGCCGAUUAUGUGGACAGUGAUCUCUGUCAGUCUGUUAACCAAAAAAUGCCAAAACAGGCGCUCACGAGAUCCAAGUUUGCCACCCCUUUCCCGGCUGUUAUUGAAGUUUUUGAUAAAUUAUAAUACAUUUUUAAAAUAAAAAUAACACAUUGUUUUAUACAUUAAAAUAUAAUUAUCAAAUAUUAUAUAAAUCAUA